CGACACGCACACACAUCAUCAGAAAGACUAAGGGAUGGCCAUCAAGGAACGCCUGAUGCACGCGAAGACCUUCAAGAACGGAAACUAAACAUCAACUUUUUUCGAACACAUCAUACUACAAUUGUUCAUCGUAACAACAAACGUCGGGGUAACUUCUAUAGACAAGAGAAAGAGACAGACAAUGAUGUUUUCCAGAACAGUUCUAGUAUUGGCACUCGCAUCUACUGCGAGUGCUUUCACUCCUUCUGCCCGAUCUACGGCACAACAGGUAAGAUUUUGGAAGAAAAACGUCGUUCGUUACGAACGUCUUACGUGUGAGGAUUCCUCCAGGGCAAGCAAUAUUUUUUCUUGAGAAAUACAACGCAAUAAUAAUGUAGCAGUAGACGAUGAGUGAAGAUUCAAUUAGAACCAACGACAAUGAACAUGUUAUGAACGGCCUUGGAUCACUCGGAACAGGCUAUCGUGAUGAUGGGAAACUACGUCAGUACGGCAUCUCAACGUACACUUCAGUACUAUUUUCUACGAUGCGUGAAAACAUUUUUAUGGAGAUCUAAUGAGGGAACUCAUCUAUUUAAAUCGAGAAGACGGAUAGGAUAAGAGUUCGGAUAGCAGACAAGCUGCAAGAAGAAGAUAGAAAUCGAGCUGCCUCGAGAGAAUUAGGUGUACUUUCCUUCUAGCGCUCGUUGUGCCAAACAUUACGUACGCGCGAUUACCGAGUAGCCCCCCUUCCCAUCGCAAAUCAUAUUAUACAUCACCACUAACGUCAUUCCUGUUUUCUAUCAUUAAUAAUUCGCAUAUGUUACUUUUCUAAAAUCAGGUCGGACAGAUCGUUGAGGAACGUCAACGAUUCCAACCCCAGACAUCGGCCAUCUUUGUUGGCGAUGACGUAAUGGAUGAUGACAUUGAGUCCCCCCCCGAAGAGGAUUACAUUGUCAACGUCGGUGACAUUGAAGAAGAUGCCGAUGACGGAACAGAAGACGAUGGUCAACCACCCGCCUGGUACGAAUCGCAGCAGCGACUCGAGAAGAUGCGAGCUGAUGUUCGACGACACGACAACGACACCGGAUCGCCUGAAUUCCAAGUGGCUGGUAUGACUGAACGUAUUUCUUACCUGACAAAGCACUUGCAACAGCAUCCUAAAGACUUUUCCACUCGUCGUGGACUUGUUGCCAUGGUAAACAAGCGUCGUCGCCUUCUAAACUACCUAUUCAAAGAAGACCAAGACCGUUACGUCGCCGUUGUCCAAUCAUUGGGCAUCCGUCACAAGCCACCUGGCCGAUACGACAGAGAAGAGCAAUAUUCGUCGUACCCCAAGCAAAAGGCAGUCAAGAAGCACUUGAUGAAGAGAAAAUAAGAAUUGGGACAAUAAGAGUUAAUGUCGAGA